GAAAAAAAAACGAUUCCGCACGCGCGAUCCGAUGCGCAUAUCGCAGGACAGAGAAUCGACGAAGCUGUUCCGCUAAUCUCCGUGGUGGAGGUGCGGGGUUUCGACGACGCGUGGGGCUCAUCGGCACCGCGCCUCCACUCUCCUCGCUCAUCAGCAGCGCGCCUCCACUCUCCUCGCUCAUCGGCACCGCGCCUCCACUCUCCUCGCCCAUCAGCAGCGCCCCUCCACUCUCCUUGCUCAUCAGCAGCGCGCCUCCACUCUCCUCGCUCAUCGGCACCGCGCCUCCACUCUCCUCGCUCAUCAGCAGCGCGCCUCCACUCUCCUCGCUCAUCGGCACCGCGCCUCCACUCUCCUCGCUCAUCGGCAGCGCCCCUCCACCUCUCCUCGCUCAUCAGCAGCGCCCCUCCACCUCUCCUCGCUCAUCAGCAGCGCGCCUCCACUCUCCUCGCUCAUCAGCAGCGCGCCUCCACUCUCCUCGCUCAUCAGCACGGCGGCGCCGCCACCUCUCCCAGGCUGUGCGCGUCUCGCCGAGCCAGGCUGAAGCAUGGCGACAGACUCGUCGUCAGACCUCCCUACGUGGUGGAAGGGGCAGGGCAUCAGUGCGGAGGUGGCCCAGGCCAUGGACACGGAGCUGGGGAUCCGCGACUACGGGACGCUGCGCGCGUGCGCCGACGACGGGCAAGUCGGGCAAGAGGUGCUGGCCACGGCACGCGACCGCCUGCCCUUCGGUUUCUACGCCGUCCUGCGCCAGGUGCUGAGAACCAUGCAAAGCGCCGGCGCCAUCAGGGCACGGUCGGACGCGUCCUCGCCCAGAGUGGACACGGCGUUGGGAAGCCUGCUCGAUGUGCUGGUCACUCUGCUGAGCACGCUGAGUCAGGAGCUCCUGCUGACCGAGAAGAGGCUGAGCGCCAUGGGCAGCGGGAUGCCCUCCGACAGCGAGUCUCAGGACACAGCAGCGGCACGUUCAGAAGAUAUUUGUGGAGAACAUCCUUGCCUUACAGAAACUCAGCGUUCAAGUGAAGGCCCCGACGCCGGCAACCUCGAAGAGCCGAGCGCAGACUUCCCCAAGUGGCUCAAGACGCAGGGUGUGAGCACCGAGGAGGCCGUUGGCUCUGAGCCGCACGAGAGCAGGGCCGGCGAUGGCCGUGGGGUUACGGUGGAGCCGCAGGGCACGGCGAGCGAGCGCCCGCCCUCGCGGCUUCACGCCGCGCUGCAGCAGCUCGCGCAGGCCGCGCGCGGCACCGGGAAUGACGACGACGGCGAGGGAACGCAAUCGGACGCUACGGUGCCGCGGACCGACGCGGACCUGGGCAGCCUCCUCGACGCGCUCGUCGCUCUGCUGAGCAGAGUGAACCAUGAGCUACUGCUCUCCGCGCAGAAGCUGGGCACCAUUGAUCUCUGUGCGGCGUCCUCUGCGUGUGCCCCACUUGCCACUGCUGUCGUCACUCCCAAGGGCUCUACGGGCGAAGGCAAUCACGGUGGGGCACUCGUGGAGCCAAGCCCGGACUUCCCCGCUUGGCUCAAUGCACAGGGUGUGACCACCGAGGAGGCCGUGGUCUCCGAGCCGCGGGAGCGUGGGGCCGGCGAUGACCACGGGGUUGCGGUGGAGCCGCUGGGCCCGGCGUGCGAGCACCCGCCCUCGCAGUUUCACGCCACGCUGCAGCAGCUCGCCCAGGUCGCGCGUGUGGCGCCGGGAAAGACGGAUCCGGCGCUGGGCAGCCUGCUCGCCGUGCUCGUGUCGCUGCUGGGCAGGCUGAGUAACGAGCUCGCGCUGUCCGUACAGAAACUGUGCUCCAUAGAGGGGGCGGCGAGCGGAGAGGCCCAAGGCUGCGCUCCAAGGACUGAUGAUCCCGAGAGAAAUCAACACCAAGACCUUCAGCUCAGAGAGCCACCCGACACGGACGGAUACUCAAAAACAGCUGCGAGGUUUAAAUGUUCCGAAUGGCAGCCGUCAGUCCCGGAAGUGGAAGAGGAGUGGAGUCAGCCUUCUGAUGGCUAUGUUGGAAUUUCUAAAGAAGAUUUUGUUAGAAAGAAAAGAAGAAGAGCCAUGCACGAGCGGUGGCAGGGAGUUUCCGUGAAGGCUGAAACGAGUUUUUCAGAUGCUACUGGCUUCCCUAAAGACAAUUUCAUCAGACAGAAAAGAAGGAAGACUACCCACAACAGGUGGAAAGAAGUGGAGGUUAAGACAGAAACUGGCUUUACAGGGAAACCGUACGUGUGCGAGGAGUGUGGAAAAGGCUUCACCAAGAUGUCCAACCUGAAGAUGCAUCAGAAGACGCACACUGGAGAGAGGCCGUACGUGUGUAAGGAAUGCGGAAAGGCGUUCUCCAGGAUCUCCCACCUACAGAGCCACCAGAUGAUCCACACGGGAGAGAGGCCGUACAUGUGCGAGGAGUGCGGAAAGGGGUUUUCUCGCAUCUCCACCCUGAAAACUCAUCAGAGGACGCACACCGGCGAGAGGCCAUUCGUGUGCCAGGAGUGUGGGAAAGCUUUCCAGGUUAUUUCCAACUUAAAGAUGCAUCAGAGGACACACACUGGAGAGAAGCCCUAUGUGUGCGAAGAGUGUGGGAAAGGGUUUUCCCAGUUUUGCCAUUUGAAGACUCACCAGAAGACGCACCAGCAGACAGUCAAAUGAGUUGCUGCGAGCAUUAAAUGUAGAGGGUUUCUAGUUUAUUUAUUUAAUAUCGUGAUGCUCUGGAAGCAAAUGAAAGAAUGCUUAUUUAUUCCAAUCUGAGCAAACUAUUUUGUUUAUGCGACUACAUGCUAUUGAUGCAUUUAUCUAUUUGUGUUCAGGUGAAGCCUUUUACAUUUUAACAAUGCUCGUAGAGUCGGUACAAAUAAUCUGGUGUGUAAGGCUCUAAAACUUGUGAAUUGUGGGUUCCGUGACCCUACCAUGGAAAUUGACUGUGCAAGUGGCAGUCGUUCUGCACUAAGAGCGGUCCUCACGCAGGGGGGAGGGACCCCUCGGGAGCCCGCGUGACACAGGGUCGGUCCGCAGCUUCACAAGUAACACCACGCACGGGGGAGAUGCACAACAUCUGCAGUUAAGGUGUUUGCCCCACACAGGCUGGGUGGAACUCUGCUCCAGUAGCACUUUUUAUGGCGUUCCACUCUUCUAAAGCAAGCUGAGACGUGUUACAAAACACAGCGCCGUUGUGGAGAACGUUAAUACAAUAAAUAACGCCUCCUCCCACGUGUCUCUACAUAAAAUACACACAAGUAGUUUUUAUUUCGAUUUAAAGCUUUCGUGACUGCAGGGAUUCAUCUUCUUGGUUCUUUCGGUAAAGUCACGUAGAAUGGAAAU